GCCCAUCUAACCACCAUCAUGUCCAGCAAACGUGCAAAGGGGAAGACCACCAAGAAGCGCCCCCAGAGGGCCACGUCCAACGUGUUCGCCAUGUUCGACCAGUCUCAGAUCCAGGAGUUCAAGGAGGCCUUCAACAUGAUCGACCAGAACCGUGACGGCUUCAUCGACAAGGAGGAUCUUCAUGACAUGCUGGCCUCACUGGGUAAGACACAGGCCAAAGGGGAACCCAUAGGAACCUGAUGUUAGUGGGUUGACUAUAUUCUAUAUACAAGACCUAACCAGCGUAUACUCACCAAUUCUAGACUUUAACAUCCUCCCCAGAAACAGCCUUGUACAUGUAUAGCAACAGAACAUUUCCCAGCUAAAUACCAGUACUGUAAAAUAGAGCGCUAACAAUAAGCACGCAGACCGGUAAUAACAUCCUACUGGGCACAGACGUUGGUUCAAUGUCAUUUUGUGGAAACGACGUUAAUUCAACCAGUGUGUCCCCAGGGGGAUUGAACCAUAACCUAUAUCUUUACUCAAUGGCUACUAUUGAACAGAACUCAGAUUUGACCCCGUAACGUUGACCAUGGUGUGUGUGUUCUGUUGUGGUCCCCAGGUAAGAACCCGUCGGAUGAGUACCUGGAGGGGAUGAUGGCUGAGGCGCCAGGGCCCAUCAAUUUCACCAUGUUCCUCACCAUGUUCGGAGAGCGCCUCAACGGCACCGACCCCGAGGACGUCAUCCGCAACGCCUUCGCCUGCUUCGACGAGGAGGGCUCUGGUGAGACACACAACUGCACGCACACUCUCCAAUGUCAAACCCUAGCAUCCACCUUCACAGUAAUGUCAAACACUUAAAAGGAAAAAACAGACCGACAUCUUUUCCUCGAUUUGUCUCAGCCUCUCUCCUUACCUCCUUCUCAACCAUAUUGGAGAAGGUUCAAGGUCCCCCCACUUGGAUCUUCUUCUCCAAUGUGUUUAGAGUAGAGAGGAUGAGACGAAAUCGAGGAAAGAUAACUUAAGAGCCAGACGAUGACCCGCCUCUCUCCCAUUUGUAGGAGUGAUCCACGAGGACCACCUGCGAGAGCUACUGACCACAAUGGGCGACCGCUUCACUGACGAGGAAGUGGAUGAGCUGUUCCGUGAGGCGCCCAUCGACAAGAAGGGCAACUUCAACUACGCAGAAUUCACCCGCAUCCUCAAACACGGUGCUAAGGACAAGGAUGACAUCUAG